AGGCGAAAAAGAAAAAGAAAAAAAUGAUAUAAAAUAGCAAAAUAAGUUUGCUGGGGCGGGCUGGGUUUGCUGGGCCAUGAAGUAAAGUAACAAGCACAACUGCAUAUCUGUUUGGUCCAUAGAGAGUAGAGAGAGAAACAACCCAGCACAGCAAACAUCUCUCUCUCUCUCUUCUCCCAAGUUCUACCACUCUCUUCUUAUUUCUUCUCGGUUUCAUUUUUUACCUCCAAAAUUCGCAACGUCAAUUUUACUAGUCUUUGUUUUUUUCAGUUACCUUUUGUUGGAGUUUAUAACCCACUUCACUCAUCAAGAGUUCACAUAAAUUUGUUUACUGAAAAAAAAAAAAUGGAAAGCAGCUUACCGGUGACGACGAAAUCGGAGAGGCGAUCGAAAUCCAAAAAUAUUCAGAACACCUCCAAAUCUUCUCUUCUCAUGGGUUUUCUUUCUUGCCUUGCCUGGGUUUAUGUUGCUGGCCGGUUGUGUGUAUCUAUCUGUGUCCCUGAAUAUGUAUUUACGUCCAUGUACGCACCAAGAAAUGGAAAAAGAGAAACUAUGAGUAAUUGUUUGUCCAUAUGCUGGCAGCGACCGGAGGUGCUUACCAUGGAAGACAAACUAAUGGUCCUCGGAUGCAAGGAUUUGGAGAGGAGAAUUGUUGAAACUGAGAUGGAAUUGACAUUAGCAAAGAGCCAAGGUUAUCUUAAGAACCAGCUGCAGCAAAGCGGAUCUUCUUCUGGUAAAAAGUUGCUUGCUGUUAUUGGAGUUUAUACUGGUUUUGGGGGUCGUUUGCGACGCAAUACCAUCAGGGGUUCUUGGAUGUCCAAAGCUGAUAUUUUAUCAAAUCUUGAGAAAAGAGGGAUUGUUGUGCGAUUUGUGAUUGGACGAAGUCCUAAUCGUGGUGACAGCUUGGACCGCAAUAUUGAUGAAGAAAACCGUGCAACGGAAGACUUUUUGAUUCUGGAUAAUCACGAGGAGGCUCAAGAGGAAUUAUCCAAGAAAGCAAAGUUCUUUUUUGGCACAGCUGUCCAGAUGUGGGAUGCAGAUUUUUAUGUAAAAGUGGACGACAAUGUUGAUAUUAAUUUUGAUGGUCUGGUUGAACUUCUCCGAAACCGUCGUGAUCAAGAUGGUGCUUAUAUUGGUUGCAUGAAGUCCGGUGAUGUAGUUGUUGAAGAGGGGAAACCAUGGUAUGAGCCAGACUGGUGGAAAUUUGGUGAUCAGAAAUCGUACUUCCGGCAUGCAGCUGGUCCUGUCAUUAUACUUUCCAAAAAUUUGGCUCAGUAUGUAAACAUUAACAGUGCAUCUUUGAAGGCAUACGCACAUGACGAUAUUUCAGUGGGUUCGUGGAUGAUGGGUCUUCAAGCAACCUACAUAGACGACACUAGUCUAUGUUGUACUUACUCAGGCCAAGAUAAGGUUUGUACAUUGGUUUGAAAAGAAAGAGCAACUGCAUGAAUCUGUUGUAGUGGUGGAGGACCAAUAUUCGAAGAAGGUUCAUUUUGAGAGAGUAUUAGUUAGAUCAUUCUUUACAUUGCUAAUAUUGUUUGUUUGUUAGUUAGCAAUUCUUACAAAACACUGUAAUAGCAAUUGUUUACAUUGCUAAAUUGUUAGUUGCUCAAUACUAUUUUGACAAUGUAGAGACUGAUAAUUUUUCUCAGCCAUGUACGCAGUAAAACGUGUUUGCAGUCCUAGUUUAA